GCAACCUUGUAUACAGAUAGAUAGCUAAUUAUUAAAAAGACAUUUUUUAGAUUGGAAAUUUUCUUUCUGGGCUUGGAUUAUUCAUAUCAUAAUAAAAAGAUAAAAUAAAAAAAGUUUGUAAAAAAUGUCGGCUACAGAUCAAAUGAGGGCAAUGCUUGAUCAGCUAAUGGGUACCACUAGGAACGGUGACGAUGGUCGCAGUCUCAAAUUUUCGGAUCCACGGGUAUGUAAAAGUUUUUUGUUGAACUGUUGUCCACACGAUAUUCUGGCGUCUACUCGCAUGGAUUUGGGUGAAUGCCCUAAGGUGCAUGAUUUGGCAUUCCGCGCAGACUAUCAAAAUGCAUCGAAAUCCAGAGAUUUCUAUUAUGAUAUUGAAGCCAUGGAGCACCUGCAGGCAUUCAUUGCUGACUGCGACAGACGCACUGAAGCUGCAAAACAACGCCUCAAAGAAACGCAAGAGGAAUUGACGGCCGAAGUAGCUGAAAAAGCGAACGCUGUUCAUGCAUUGGCUGAAGAAAUUGGCAAAAAACUAGCCAAAGCAGAGGCGCUGGGUGAAGCUGGAGAAGUAGAAGAAAGCAUGUCGCUGAUGAAGGAAAUUGACGAAUUACGCGCUAAAAAAAUUAAAGCUGAACAUGAAUACCGCACUUCAAUGCCUGCCUCUACGUAUCAACAGCAAAAGUUACGGGUUUGCGAAGUCUGCUCAGCUUAUUUAGGUAUUCAUGACAAUGAUAUCCGACUUGCUGACCAUUUCGGUGGAAAAUUACAUCUGGGCUUCUUAACUAUUCGUGAGAAGUUAGCAGAACUUGAGAAGACCGCUGGACCACGUAAAGCUGAACUAAAACGCACUGGUAAGAUUCAUGAACGUGAUGAUGAUCGGUCGCGAUCGCGUUACUUUGUAGGUGGUAGAGAACUGGAUCGUCGCUCACGAGUUCAUCGCUCGCGUUCCCGCGAGAGGCGUCGAACUGAGGGCUCAAUGGCCAAUGCUGCCAAAAGUAGUAACACUAGUGCCCGAUCGGAUCGUGGCGAGCACCGCGAUCGCGACAAGGAAAGUGAACGCCGCAGCAGUCGUGGAACGCCUGACAGACGACGUUCUCGUUCGCGCUCUCGAGGACGCAAUUAUAAUACUUCCCGUCGAAGAUCACAUUCCCGUGAUCGCUAUCGCCGUUAAAUGGUUGAGCAAUUUACCAAGUCACAAUCCUAUUUCUAAGCUUUGACGACGUAGCUAGCACUAAACCACACAACCAACCCUUUUCUAGCUUGUAGAAGCAAACAGAACAGAAGAUUAUGAUUGGUUUUAUGAAUGACAAUCAAUGUGCAAAACGAACAACCCGAGCGAAUUCUAUGUCGGAUGCAUUUGUUCGCAAUGUUUUCCCCAUGUACAUUGGUAUGUAGAGCACGUAGAGUCUAAUGUACAAUAGAUUAACAAGAUUUCAGGUAGAUUCCCUGAUUUCAAGCAGAAAAACGAUAACAGGAAGCGUCAGAAUCAUGGGCCAAAUAAACGUAUUAUUUCGUAAGCAAUCUAAUAUACAUACUCAUAAUUAACAUAUGUUCUUGACCACAUGGUUUUGUUGACAAUUACACCAUCCAACACAAUAAUCUUGUCAUUUCAGCCGACUUAGAACAUUAAUUGAUCGGCCAGUUUGUUGGUUGGUUGGUUGAUUCAUUCAGUUAUUAGUUGGUACGUAUACUUAUGUAUAUAUAUUUCUGGUGUCACACACAAUUCUAGAAUUAUGAAUACAAGAGAAAAGGGUUAAAACACGUCGAGUUAAUGCACAAUAGAUUAACUAAAUUGCAGAUAGUGUCCCUGAUUUAAAGCAGAAAAUCGUUUACAGGAAACUUCAUAAUCGUGGGCCAAACAAUCAUUAUUACUUCGUAAGCAACCUAUCAUGCAUAACCAUACUUUGCAUAUUUAAAUAUGUCGUUGAGUACAUGGCUUUGUUGGCAAUUGCACCAUCCAAUAAUCUUGUCAUUUCAGCUGACUCAAGCAUUGAUUGAUUGAUUGAUUGAUUGAUCGGUCAGUUUGUUAUUUGGUUGGUUAUUGGUCGGUACGUAUACUUAUGUCUAUAUAUUUCUAGUGUUACACAAAAAUAGAUUUAUGAAUGCAAGAGGAAGGGCUUAUUCGGCUCUGGCCGAAUCGUUUUAAUACUUAAGGCUCGAAUAAUUUGUAUUUAGAUGAUUUCGUCGUCAUGUCACUUGCUUGUCGGGCUAUGAGUUCACAGCGGCGUCAAGUUCGUUUUUCGUACUUGGUUUUUUUUAUUUUUUUUUUAUUUUGCUUUUUUUUUGUUUUGAGAUCACUGCACGUUGCUUAAAUUUAGAUAGAAAAAACAUCAGACUGACAAACUCAUUGACUUUCGUUAAUUCAACCGAAUAGAAAGUAACAAAAUAAAGUAUAGGUCAUGUCAUCCGAUUGAGUGAAUAUGUGCUAUAAUACUUCAGCGUUUAUAAAUAUUGAACUGAUAAGAUCGUACAACUCACUAUUUUAUAUGACGGACCGACAUAUGCAAGAAGGUUAAAAGUAACGCUUAUAUAUAUAUAUAUAUAUAUAUAUAUAUCAUCACGUAAACUGUCUGAAUAUGUCCGUGUAACAAUUUUUGUUAGCCAUUUUUUUAUUUCUUAUCAUCAUUAUUACUAUUAUUAUUAUUAUUAUUCUAAUUUUUCAAGAAAUUCAGUGCAUUUUUAGAUCGUUGUUAAGACAAAGCUCGUUAAAGUUACAUUAAUUUUUCAUACAGUUUUAAUAUGUGUGACAAAGAUGGAAUUCGUUUCAUUCCAUUUCUGAUAACUUGAUGGGCUAUAUAACGCAUCUGUUAUACUUAGCAUUUAUUUAUUAAUUUUGAAUACUAUUUCGAUAUUCUGUCAGUGACAGUAUUUGGGUAUACGGACAAACUAAACAGCUAAUCGUUUUUAUAUGAUUCGUUAUAUUCUAUCUAAUAUCGAUAUUAGUUUUUGCUAUUACUACUACUACUACUAUUCGAUUAUAAACGCGUGUAUAUUAUUCUUCAAUUAUUAGGCGCGGUCCGUUGUCACUGUUAUCUGUUAUAUUUCACAUGUUGCCACGAUUGACUUUUCCUUUUCGCGUGCUUCCGUGUUGUUUCAUGUCAUCCACAUCCGAUAUUUUUUAAAUAUUUUUAUUUAACCAUUUGUUCUUAUCUUACUACUGCAAACAUUAUUAUCCGGUAAUAUAGUUAUGUAUUUAAUGUACGGCAAACUGAAUUGUUAUAUCUAGACUUGGGUCAUGUGACGUGAGGGUAUAAGGAAGUCGGUAACUAUUAAUAUACUCUUUAACUUUUUUUCGGUAUGUAUUGUGAUUUAUUUGUGUGAUUACUUUUUCCAAUUUCUUUCGUAGCUGUGAGUCAAUCAAAUGCCUAUAAACACAUUUCUGGAAAAAACAUUUUUUUUUAAUUGGUUCGCUUUUGCCACUUUCGGGUACGUAUUUUUGUAAACAGAUAUUCCAUUUUCACUGGAUGGGGCAUAUUUCUGAAUAAAUGUACGUAAAACAUUUUUAUAUGAAGUAUUCGCUUUUUUUCAAUUUAAAAAAAAAAAAAAAAAAAAA